ACCAGAGAGCCCACCAGAUCAUUCUUCGCUUUCUUUCCACAACCACGGACUUCUCUCCAUAAUGAUACGUUGCUUUCAUACGUUGAUCCGUAGAAUUAAACACCACUCUACAAAGGACAAGAAGAACAUUAAUCACGCUUACCUUCGACGCUUCCGGCGCAAAGACGAUGAGGCACUCCGAGAAUGGGCUUUUCGAUGCGAACUCCUUUAAUAAGAACGCACAAGAACAGGGCACUUCUUUCUCCAACGACUACGCACAAGAUUUAUACUUAUCUGGUCUUCCUGAUUCCUAUCAGGAACAGACCAAAGGCUAUCUUCUCGGUCAUUCCACUGCCACGCGACGUGCCAUUUACAUUUAAGAUCUUUGUCUAUACAUUGAAGAAUGGGAGUCAACAAACUGACUGCUCCUACCGCUAUAACCACAACGCCAGUUGCACCCACACACCGCCAGUUCCUGGGCUACGUGUGCUGGUCCACACAGCACCACUCCGGCCGAUGCACGAAAGUCUGUGGCAAAUGUGAGGACAAACAGCACACCGCACGAGACUGCAAAUCAACUGCACUAUCUUGUACCAACUGCAAUCGUCAAAAUGACUUGGCAAUCGUAUGUAGUAAGUGCGCAAAUAAAAUCAAUUUUCCCUAUGCUCUGUCUAUUCCCCAACUCCCCCCUCCGGAAUACGUUGUAACCCGAAUCCAACACACAGACAACAAUACGUCACUACCACACCAGGCCCCUCUCCUCAUAGACGGGGGCGCAACUGUUAAUUACCUCAACACCCAUGCUCGUCACCGACUUAUCUCCAUGGAGCAAGGUCGCUUCCCACUUCAACUGGCAGACGAAUCAACCAUCACCCACAAAUCGUCCAUCCACGUUGACACGGCGACAUUUUGACUUCCUCUCCGAACGAGCAUAUGGAAACCCUCUCUGUUCCGACAUAUACAAAUUAACCAGUACAGCCACCAAAAUGCCACACUCGCCAUGGUCAUCCCCCUUCGUCCCUGUGCAAAAUGGUGGACGGCAGUAAGUGCUCGCUUCCAAUGUGACCCAUUUCUUAUUAAGAAUACCGACUCAACAUUUCUCCGUCACGGUACAAACAUCGUCGAAAAACCAUCCUGGCUUUACACAAUCGUUGCCCUCGUCGGACCACUUCACACAGCUGUUCGCCACUUCCCGGCCCUUACCGCUGCCAUCAUGCAUGCUCGAGCGAAUCCAGAAUAUGAGAAACAUUGUCCCGUAUGCAUCGAAGCCAAACUCAGAGCAAAGGGCGUAUCUCAUUCCUCCACUGACACCAUAUAUGGCCCUGCAGAGAAGCUCCAUAUAGACUUACAGGGUCCCAUUCCCAGGGACCGUGACGGCAAUAUCUACGCAUUAAAUAUGGUGGACAAAGGAUCAACCUUCGGGCUCCACAAAAACCUGCCCACUAAGAUGCCAUUAGAAUAACAUGUCGGCAAGCUUCUCACACGCAUACCGCCCCAUUGGAAGCCUCACACUCUCACAGCUGAUCGUGACUCUGUCCUCCAGAGUGCCAUCUUGAAGGACCACUGUACAUCUCUCGGCAUACAACUCCGAGUUACGCCCCCCCCCAUACCCCACAAAUGAAUUCCAUCGUCGAACGGCAACACGCGACCCUCAACAACUUGGUUCGCUGUCUCCUUCUCGAGAACGACAUACCUCUCCCUCUAUGGGGCUUUGCAAAGGCAUUCGCCGAUACCCUCCGCAACCGGACCCCACCGAGGAACUCCAAGCUAUUCUCACCUAGCUGUUCUUUCCACACAUGCGAUUCGGAUGCGUCGUCGCAUAUAAAAUCCACAAAGCUUCCGGUACCCCCAAUCUCCACAAAUAAAGCCCCCAAUGUGGCUUCGGUGUCUUACUUGGUUAUACACUCCACGGCACCAACGACACAUUCAAGAUCCAGAGUUUCUCAACCCAACAGAUCCUCCACAGCCGAGAUGUUCAAUUCUUCACUGAGGAACGCCCUCAAUGGUCGUCUUCCGGGAAACAUGUCACCCGCAGUUUCACACCAUCGUCCUGGGUUAUGCUCCCCGGCUGGGCUACUGCUUCUCGCCACAUUGCCGUUGAUAUCCCCUUUAUCCCUCCUGUUCUCUCUCCCAUACCCCUACCGCCAUCUGUGCCCCCAGCGCCUACCCCCAUCGCCACACCUCAGACGACUAACCCGCACCCUGUACCUCCAGUACCUACCCCCAUCGCCAUCCCGCCCCGGACUACCGCUGUCCCUCUAUCCCCACCUAUACUCCCGGCCCCUUCCCCUAUCCCCCUACCCCGGGCGCCUACCAGCGAUCACGUCCCCAGCGAUGAUAUACCCCCCGUUCCUUCUCCUCUCCCACUCCCCCCUAUCAUCCCCCCACCCCCAGUCGCCAUUCCAUUAGCUUCAUCCACGCCAUCUCUCCCGGACAUUACCUAGGAUUUCGCCUUCAAUCUCAACUUGGCUCCAGACACAAACGUCUACGACCCUGGCCCUGCUGCCGACUUCUCUGAUUCCGUCAAAGCUCAGAUCGCUCUUCUUCAACAUGACCACCAAUCAUGCGAUCCCCACAAUGUACCACGUGUUCCAAGAUUGCAUCUCAGAGACGGCACCUCGCACACCGCCAACACCAACUAACCCACAGCAUACGAACCGUUUCACCUACAUCUAAGCCUGAAUUUACUCUACGUAACGCUAUUGAUAUACUCGAUGACAUUGUGCCCAAAAGUAUCUCUAAAGCACGCGCAUCCGCCGAAUGGCCGUCCUGGUCCGAAGCUAUCGACCGCGAACGCAGUGUCACUCUCGUAACCAGUUAGCCGACAUCAUUCCCUUGUUCUCCGUCCCACCUCAGGCUAAAAUAAUCCACUCUAAGUAUGUGUUUACACGUAAACACGACGAAAAUGAAGCUCUUACCAUUCAUAAGGAUCGCAUGGUGGCGAGGGGUGACGAACAACUCCAUGACGACUCCUUUUGGGACACAUCGUCAUCCACCACCCUACGGACCUUCCUGGCUAUGGCCGCAUUCAAAAACAAGACUGUCCAUCAGUUCGAUGUCAACACAGCCUACCUAUGCUCUAAGCUCGAUACCCCAGUCUUCAUGUACCCUCCCAAGGGCAGUGUUGAAUUGGGCCACUAUCCACCGAACACCGUCCUUAAACUGCUCCGCGGUCUCUACGGCCUGAAACAGGCCGGCCGCCUAUGGAAUUAGGAUAUUGGGCGUACACUCUGCCACCUCGGAUUCCGCCAGAGUGCCCAAGACGAAAAUAUUUGGAUCCAUACAUCUCGCGAUAUCAUCCUUCUUGUUUACGUUGACGAAGUAGUCCCGGCAAUCACCCACAACUCCGACAGUGCCGAUUGGCUAUUCAUCCAGUUAUCCCGCACCUACAGCAUGAAGAAUCUUGGAUCAGCUCACCAUCUUGUGGGCCUCCGUAUAGUCCAACAACCUUUCGGCUCCAUCGCUAUAUUGCAAGAUGCAUCAUACAUCGAGCGAAUGCCCUUCACUUUCCAGGCUUCUACUGCCCUGCCCAAAAACACUCCCAGCUCCGGCGCCCACCCAGGUACACUCACUGGCCCUUUAUUUCAUGGCAAAUACCGCAAGCUUCUCGGAGCUCUUGGCUUUGCCGCCAACAUGACACGCCCUGACAUCGCGUGUGCUCUUAUUAAUCAGCUUGCGACAUUUAGCAUCGCGCCCAUUACUUCCCACUACGAUGCCCUCACUCGUAUUCUCCAUUACCUGAUGACUACCAAGUCCCUGGCUCUCGAAUACACGGUUGCUCCUGACUCUCGACCUCUUGAUCAGCACAUAACUGCGUUCACGGAUUCCGACUGGGGCUCCUGCCCCCUCACACACAAGUCCCACAUGGGCACCAUCAUUUGCAUCAAUAACACUCCUCCAUUGGAGGAGCCAGAAACAAAAGACGGUUAGUAUUAGCUCCACGGAAGCAGAAUACAUUGCUGCUUAUGAAACCACAAGGGACACCGCUGGGUUCGCAACGUUCUCAAUGCUCUCGGACAGACAACCUCACACCCGACUCACCUCCACAUUGACAAC